AUGAAUAAUUAUAAAAUUACACCAUUUAAAGAAAAUGUACCGGAUCAGUCAAAUUUAUUUCCAACACCUCUAAGAUGUUUGAUUAUUGGCAAAUCAGGUUCUGGUAUGACAACGGUUUUAUGGAAUGUUAUAACCAAGUAUUGGGUUCAUUAUGAAAGUUUAUUAAUCUUUACAAAAUCAAUUGAUCAACCAAUUUAUCAAGAAUUGCAAGAUAUAUUUGUUAGAAUAGAUAAAAAAAUUGAAUCACAUUUCUACGAUAACUGUGAUGACAUAAUUAAUGUAGAUGAAUCUUUACCUUUACCAGAAAUAAAAGAAUCAGAACAUAUGGAAACUCAGACACAUGCUAUGAUAAGUCUAGGUCCAAUUUCCUCACAUUAUUUAAAGAGAGUACCCACAAAAAGAGAAAUAAAAAAAAUGUCAGAUCGGUAUGGUAUUUACAACGAUGCAACUAAAAAUGCGUAUAUGAUUGGGAAUAUGGAAGUGUUCUUCAAAGAUAAUGAUAUCAUUGUAGGUGAGACAAAGUAUAUUCGUACAACAGGUUUGUGGGAAUUACUAACAUCUGCCGACGCGCCAAAUCAACAAAUGUAUACUAAAAAUGACUACAAUAACUAUAAAAUAAUUUUGUUUGACACUAAUUGUUUAUAUCAAAAUUAUGACAAAUCCACAGGAAAACUUCGUUCAAAUGGAGGUAAUAAAUAUCAAAACUUAAUCAAAUUUAUAUGGGUUGAAUUUAAAUCUAAUUUACCGAUAACACCUUUUAGAGAUAGAUCUUUCUCUUGGGAUUAUGACCAAGAUUUGGUUGAAACUCCUAAAAGGAUAUGGAAUAAAGAAAUAUACAGAAAAAUAGAAUAUAAAUAUAUAGACAAUCUCAAUGAAUUACUUAAAAGGUUAUAUUUUAUUACAUCUGAAGAAAAAGCUGGCAAUAAUAAUUUUCACAACGAAAAAUUAGAAGUUGUGCAUUUAAUUGCUAGAGAAAUGGAAAAUAUUAUUGAUACUCCUAAAGGUCCUGGUACAAAUUUGAAUGAAAGGUUAGUUAGAGGUGAUAAACCUGUUGAUAAGUUAGAUGAAGCGGCAAUGGAGCAUAGCAUAUUUUACAGAGAUCAUAAAAAUGUUAAGGAAAGACAUAAAGCUGAUGAAAUUCUUAAAAAUAAAGCUUGGGAACGAGUUUUAGAUUAA